GACGUUUAGCGACGGGAAAAGAGCAGCAGCAUAUGCUCUUCUCUUUGGUCCAGGGUUUUGCGCAAUUCUCCUUGCUCUUCUCUUCUUCUCCAUUUGUGUUUAUCACCGUCAGGGUUUUAGCACUUAAACAUGGAUUCAAUUGCUAAGCUGCACUGCACUCACCAACCUCUUAACCUCUCCUUCAAUCCUAACCGUCCAUCUUUCACCAAACCCAUAUUUUCCCUCCCCAUUAGAACCCCAUCAUCGUCACCCUUCAAGACCCUCUCCAUCAAAGCCUAUAAAACACCACAAAACCCUGAACCUUCACUACUGCGAACCCUAAACCCUAUUCUUAGAACCACCUGCAUCACUCUCACUGCUACUGCUGCUCUAUUCUUCUUUAACAACCUCCACAAGAAACCCGCAAUUGCCGCCCCAGUCACGGCCUCACCUCCCGCCGUUGAGCCCGCAGAACAAUCAUCUCCUUCGAAUGUUUCAUUUCAGGAACAAGAACGUGCUCUCGAAGACCGAUUAGCUCGAAACCCUAAUGAUAUUGAUACCUUAAGGUCUCUCAUGGAGGUUAGGAUUAAAUCCCGGAAGCUUUUACAAGCAAUUGAGGUUGUGGACCGUUUGAUCGAGCUCGAGCCGGAUGAGGACGAAUGGCCGCUGCUAAAAUCUCAAAUUUUUAGCUACAGUGGAGAUUUCGAGUCGGCUAGAAAAGGAUUUGAAGAAAUUUUAGAAAAAGACCCACUUCGCGUGGAAGCUUAUCACGGAUUAGUGAUGGCACAUGCGGAGUCCGGGGACUCAGUUGAUAAGGUAUUGAAGAGAAUUGAAUCUGCAAUGGAUAAAUGUAGGAAGGAGAAAAAGAAAUCUGAUUUGAGGGAUUUUAAGUUAUUAAUUGCUCAAAUUAGAGUAAUGGAGGAGAAAUAUGUUGAUGCUUUGAACGUUUAUGAGGAGUUAGUGAAAGAGGAGCCGAGGGAUUUCAGGCCGUAUUUGUGUCAGGGGAUUAUAUAUACUUUGUUGAGGAAGAAAGAAGAGGCAGAGAAAAAGUUUGAGCAGUUUAGAAAGCUUGUUCCAAAGAAUCAUCCAUACAGGGAGUUUUUCCUUGAUAAUAUGUUUGCAACUACCUUUUUCUCAGAGAAGGUGCAGAGAGAGGGAGCAGGUGCAAGUAGCUGAGAGAAAUGGAAAUGAAUUUAGGUGAGAAAUAAUAGCAAAGGUUUUGCUUGAAAAUUCUCUUUUUGGUUUUGGUUUUGUUGAUUCUAAGUGCUAUGAUAGAAUUUUUGUAAAAGUUUCAUCUAGCACGCUAGUUAUAAGUAAUUCUUAGUGAUUAUCAAAUAUUUGUCUGGAUUAUAUCUGUCAUCUUUAGUCAAGAUUAGAUACAAUAGAAAUGGUUACCCACCUUAUUUCA